AUGGGCACAUUUCAAAGUUUUAGGAAAGCGUAUGGUGCACUUAAGGACUCUACCAAGGUUGGCCUUGCAAAGGUCAAUAGCGAAUUCAAGGAAUUGGAUAUAGCGAUCGUCAAAGCGACUAAUCACGUAGAGUCUCCCCCAAAAGAACGACAUGUAAGAAAAAUCUUUGCCGCAACGGCAGUGGUUCGCCCACGAGCAGAUGUAGCCUAUUGCAUUCAUGCACUCUCGAGGAGAUUGUCAAAGACAAGAAGCUGGAUUGUUGCUAUAAAGACGCUGAUAGUUAUUCAUAGAACAUUGAGAGAGGGCGAUCCUACCUUUAGAGAGGAGCUCUUAAACUACUCAAAUAGAGGACAUGUUCUCCAAAUAACAAACUUUAAAGAUGAAUCGAGCCCUCUUGCUUGGGAUUGCUCCGGAUGGAUUCGAACAUAUGCACUGUUUUUGGAGGAGCGCCUGGAGUGCUUCAGGAUUUUGACAUAUGACAUUGAGGCAGAGCGUUUGACAAAGGUGUCACAAGGAGGAACGAAGGUGCAUAGCAGGACACGACUUUCAAGUAGUGAAGAGCUUUUGGAACAACUUCCUGCAUUGCAGCAGCUUCUCUACCGCCUUAUUAGUUGCCAGCCUGAAGGAGGGGCUUUCAACAACUAUCUAAUUCAAUAUGCCUUGGCUUUGGUAUUGAAGGAGAGCUUUAAAAUAUAUUGUGCUAUCAAUGAUGGGAUUAUCAAUCUUGUGGACAUGUUCUUUGACAUGACAAGACAUGAUGCAAUUAAAGCUCUCAAUAUCUACAAAAGGGCUGGCCAACAGGCUGAAAAUCUUGCCGACUUUUAUGAAUUCUGCAAAGGUUUGGACCUAGCUAGGAGCUUUCAAUUUCCAACAUUGAGACAGCCACCCCCUUCAUUUCUCGCAACAAUGGAAGAAUAUAUAAAAGAAGCACCUCAAAUCGGUUCUGUUUCAAGUAGGAGAUUGGAAUAUCGAGAGCGAAAUCAACAGCCUCAAAAACUCGAACAACCGGCCCAUUUAGAAAGUGUAAAACAAGUUGAAGAAGAAGUUGAAAGUGAGAAAGAAUUGGUGGAUCUAGUUACAGAAGAACCCGAGGCUAAGAGUACGGAGGAGGCUGAUCAACCUUCACCAUUGAUAUCAACCACAAACACUGGAGACUUUUUGGGUUUAAAUGAAAUUAAUCCUAGUGCCAUUGAACUAGAAGAAAGCAAUGCAAUGGCUCUUGCCAUAGUUCCACCCGGUAAUGAUCCACCAUCUUCAACAACUCGCGGAUUAAAUGAAUUAGUUGGAUCAAAUUCAUCAGGAUGGGAGCUAGCAUUAGUCUCUACACCAAGCAACAAUACUACCCACUUGACGGAAAGCAAAUUGGCUGGCGGAUUUAAUAAGCUAUUACUUGAUAGCUUGUAUGAUGAUGAGGCUUCUAGGAGACAAUUACAAUUACAGAAUGCAGGCUAUGGAUAUAGUGGAAUUUCCAUGCAACAAAAUCCGUUCGAUCAACGAGACCCAUUUUUAUUGUCAAACAACAUAGCACCCCCACCUAAUGUGCAGCUAGCAAUGAUGGCUCAACAACAACAGCAAAUGAUGCUCUACCAACCACAACUACAGCAGCAGCAGCAGCAGCAGCAGCAACAGCAGCAACACCACCACCAUCAAAUGAUGAUGGUACCUAACCAAUAUCAGCUACCCCAGUAUCCUCAACAACAACUGCAACAAUUGGGUUCUGGUAACCCAUUUGGAGAUCCAUUUCAUAGCCUCCCACAAAGUGCAACAUCGAUGCCUCAUGGAAACCACAAUCUACUUUAG